GAUGACCAGCGGUCUCACACCAGCAGUUGAGGAAAUGGCGGACCAAAUGACAACGUUUGGGCUCUAAACCCGAAAUUUAAAAUACAGCAAGGCCACUAGUUUUGGAUUUACUGCACAGGAAAAAGGUUCUCAUCUUAACUCGCAGCCAAUAUGCGAAGGCUUGCAAAAAGCCAAAGUCCGGUGGUUGAAGCGGCUUACAACCGUAGGCAAGUGACGAAGAAAUCGAGAUCUGCCUUCACGUGGGUUCUAGUUAACAUCUCUCUCGCGGCAUUCAUCUUCUCCGAUCUAAUGUUUGGAUCUAUAAGUUACUAUCUAGAUGUCCAUCACCCAUACAUCUGGUAUGGAGAACUUAUUCUAGCUGUGUGGUUCAGUGUUGGGUUCAUUGUAGACCUGUUCUACUAUCUUCAGCCAGUGAUUUCACAGAACACCAUCCUCCUCUCACCCAAGCAAUGCAAGCUUCUGGGAGUCAGACAAUCAGACGUAGGGUUCAAGUUGAAAUCCCCUGAUGACAUGCCUAGGGCCCCUAGCCACAGCGCACCCUCCACCCCAAUCUCACCCUUCACAGGGUCAACCCCGCCCAGAAAACACAAGGUCACCCCACCAGGGCCCAGCAGUACAACUCCUGGCAGCUUCUCCCAAACACCAUACCUCAACACAGCCACCCCUGAUACCAGUCUUCGAUCAAGGAGUGCCACACCCACUAGGUCACCAUACUCUCCAAGUGAUUGUAUAAGCAGCCUGGAGGGGCUUACAGAUUUUCUCAAAGAGCAAGAGAAAGAGGAGCUUUUACUCCAGAGAGUUUCCCCUGAAUCCAUAACCCCUGGGCGUGGUACCUCCUACUGGUCGCCAUAUCGGCAAGACUACACACCACCUCUUGGCGUUUACAGGAUUGCUAGAAGGUCUCCUGAUGUCAGUUCAUCACAUGAUGAUGGGGAUUCAGGUUACUCUAGUACUAGGGCUGAUGAAAUCUGGAAUAAGUUGGGCAUCACACGUGCAGACCUGGAUCACUGGACAGAAAACUGCCGUAAGUGGCUUUGUCAGACCAUUCUGGUUCGACUCGUGGAGCAGAUCGACUCUGUGAAUGACGUUCUGUGUCGUAUUGGGUGCCAGGAGCUGCAGAUAGGAACGAUAAGUCUUAGCUCACUACGACAAGUCGCUGUAACCAAAGCGGACCAGGUUCCUCAGUUACGCGCCAUCAUCCCUUAUUUGGAGGCAUCUACCAACCAAGAGUACCUCGUGCAGAGGAUAAGAGAGCUCUCCAAGGGCGGGUGUCUUGGCGUCUAUCGAUGGAACUCGGGUGGAAUGUUUCGCGGGAAACCUUGGGAACAAGACUUAUUUGCUGAUUCCCAGAUCGUGAUGCACCUUUUCUGUACCUACAUGGACUCGAGGCUGCCUGCAGACCCUAGGUUCCCGGAUGGGCGUACCUUCACAGGACUUCACUUCCUCAAGACACCUGAUAAACCGGCUGAUGCCAGGAAGAGCGACUUGUCCAUCUACAUGGCUCGUCUGCACCCGCCGCACUACAAGAUCGUGGUCAAGGACGAAGUCUACGACAUCCCAAAGGGCCGCAACAACCUUUUUCACGCCAUCAUCUUCUUCCUUCAUCACAUCAAAACCGAGCAUUACGGGAUGUUAGGGCGUGUGAAUUUGGGCCUCUCAGGAGUAAACAUUAUGUGUAUCAUGAACAAGAAGUGAGCACAUCCAGUGGGAUACUCGACUGCGUCUAUUGCGUGACAUGGUCACGAUCUGGCUCUAACAGAUGGUCACGUUACACUACCACGACCUUACUCAUGAGUCAAUGCUAGUUAUCCCAAAGACUCUAGGCUAGCAUACUCCGGCCAAGUGAUUAUGGUUGAUCUUUCUCUUUACUCAAGUCUCAUGCUGCUUCAUUUUAAAAUAUAUUUUGUAUCGCGUUCACUAUUUUGUUUACUGUGGAACUUUUAGCAAAUAACUGAAUAACGCUGGAACUCGACGUUACUGUAUAUUAACUAGGUUGUAUUUCUGAAUUAUAUGUUUUUCUAUAUAAGCA